AUGGCAAGGCGAGUUGCCCUAAAUCUUGGACAAAGGGUGAGAAAUAAUAACCGUACUUUUGAACGUGGAAGAGGAAGACAGCGUUUAUUGGCGGAGAAUGACAAAACUGUAGAAACACCAGUUAAGAUACGAACUGAAUCUGGAGUAAGAGGAAAUGCAGUUCAUGGAUCGAACAAGUCCUCAAAGAGAAGAGCUGAAGACACACAAAAUGAUAUACAGGAACGAAGUAACAAGAAACAGCAGGUGAGCAGCCAUAGCGAUCCAAACUUUAAAGGCAGCUCUAUUGAAUCUGAGAUUACAAAAACUAUGGGCUUUGCGUCGUUUUCCAGCACACAGAAUCAGCAUGUUAAAGGUACUGAUUGCUAUGGUAUCAAUUUUAAGCAUAAGACGGAAUAUCGACAGUAUAUUAACAGGGAGGGGGGUUUUAACCGAGAAUUAUCUCCCACGAGGAGUGACAAAAAGAAAAAGAUUAAAAUGUCACUAAAGAAAUAG